UAUGAGCACAUAAAACAUGCAUAAUUCUUUAACAUCUUCAGUAGAUUUGUAAAAUCAAAAAUGUAUUUUAAUGCAUUGAUUGCAUAUUUUACAAGUUCUCUGAUAUAUUGAGAUAUGACAACAAUUCCCUUCAGAUGAAUAAUAGUCUUAUGAUGUAAUCCAGUUAAUACUGUUUAAGUUGGAAUUAAAAAUGGUAUUUGGGCAAUUGAAAGAUGAAUGUUUUUAUAAUAAACUGCGCGUUUGCUUCCAUCGAUGAGCUGUGAUAGAAAUAUAUCAAAUCUUUUCUUGUUGAUUCAUGUGCAUUUGUCUGGUGCAUGCCUCUGCAUGCAGUGCCAGAACGAUUUAUUCCACCUCUACGGCCUCAUGGGAGAUGACUUAUUGAAUCAUGGCAUUUUAUGAAAUCAUUUUAAAUGGGCGUGCCUUUGAUUUGAUGCACUUGUCAUUGGCAGUGUUCAAUCGGUCUGACUUUUUAUUAUCGUUCUAUUGGAUGACAGCAGUCCUAAUUGAGUGACAUAGUUUUGUUGGAGUCCAUGGAUGUUUGGUUUGAAAGCACUGUCACAGACACUGAUUAGAUUUGAGUAUGGUGCGUGUGUGUGUGUGUGUGUGUGUGUGCAAGUAUGUGGAAGUGAAGGUUCAUUAUGAUGACGGCAGAGAUAAGAUGUUUCUCCGUCAGCAAGCACAUGCAUUUUGAAUGAAGGGAAAAUGAUUGAAAGGCUCUGGUGAUCUCGCCGUCUUGCUUUCAUCCUGCUUGCCGGACCAUUGUUCAAAUUGAAUGCUGUUUAAACGAAGUCCUUGUCAUUAUACCGGCGACGUGUUCUCCAUUCGUCCAACCGACGAGGUGCCGCAUGCCCUUCUGUGGUACAGAAAUGUGUGGGAGUAACGAGCGACUUUAGAUCAGCGUGAUUAUUUGACAUUUAGGAAAGCACCCUCUGACCUUUAUUCUCCCCCACUCUUACCAUGAUCCUCAUUUCUCCGCUAUUUGUUGUUUCAUUCUCCUUUCUCCGUUGCUAGAGUGACAGCAUUCGAGGCGGCUACCUUCCUGCAGGGAGGACUUUCCCGUACGGAGCUGUUGAGUAACACUGCUGAAACAAUUGGCAUGUCACCCUCUACAUCACCUUAAGGAACAUGUGCAAGAAGACAAUCUGUAUUCAACAUAAAUUACCAAAUCUGACAAGACAUCUGGUAGAAUGAUGCCUGUCACUAGCCAUUGUUUACAAGAGAUAGUGCUACAAGACUAGAUCCCAAAUCGCUGCAGCAAACCCAAGAACAGGAUGGAUCAGAAGAUUACGAUAGGAGAGAAGAACGGCAAGGACAAGGUAGCAGCGGAUGUGCCUGGGUCUCCUGAUGUAGCGGAGAUUCGAAUCGAUGUACCCGACACAACCUACAGUAAGACGGAAUCCAGUAAACCAGAAUCAAAGCCCCAAAGUGCCAAAAACAAUGACUUGAAGAAACAGGACAGCAAGCGCAAUGCCAUGCUCACCAAGAAAAACUCCUUUGAUCGCUCUUUUGAUAGCGACAAGGGAACAAGGGACGGGAACGGGAAGGGGCGAUUGCGCAAAGAGCGCUCCUUUGAAUCUAUGAAAAAGGACUCGCCGGGAGGGCGGAACUCGGAUGGACAGGGCAAGAAACAUGACUGUUCGGGGAAGUCGGGCGGGGGGCGCAACCCCAAGUUAGGGAGGCGUAUGGGGUCGGAGGAAGGGGCCAAGUCGGAAGGGGAAGGGAACUCCAGAUUGAGAAGGCAGACAUCGCAAGAGGAGGCAGAGUCAUCGUCGUCAAGACGGAGAGCCAAUGCAAAGAAAUUUCUUCUAAGGAGCCAGCCUGUUUCAGAUGAUAUGUCGCCACCGUCUACUCCUGAACUCAAUUUUGGCGAGGAUGAUAAGAGGAUACGAAGGCUUCCUCACCAGUUGAGUGGUGAGACACCGUCUAACCGAGUCCACAAGCAAGCCAGUCUAGAGGCUCGCAGUGAGCCCGCUCUGUCAAGAGAACCUAGUCAAGAAAGAGAAAUCUACACAGAUUCCAGCGGAGUUGACCUGCAUCAAUUCAUUGUUGAUACCUUACAAAAGGCCAAUGACCGGACCAUGCUACUCAAGCUUGAGAAUGAGCUCACCAGAUUCAUACAGUCUGAUGAGCACAUGCUCAAGUUUCCACCCAUGACGUCGUACCAUCGGAUGAUUGUCCACAGAGUUGCUGCCUACUUUGGACUAGAUCAUAAUGUGGAUCAAUCAGGAAAGGCCGUCGUCGUCAACAAGACACCCAACACGAGAAUACCCGAACAGAAGUUCCGGGAACAUAUCAAGGAAGAGCCUCUAGAAAGCACAGCAAAGAAGAUCCUCAAGAGAGAUACGGCCAGCUUUGAUGACAAGGAUGAUGAGGGCCGAGAUAGGGGCGAUUUAAAAGACGAUAAAAGGAGCAAGUCCUUUGAAGAGAGGCAUGAGGAAUAUGAGAAAGCAAGAGCCAGAAUUUUUAACCAAGAAGUGACAACGCCGGAAGGAUUAACGGUGGAACCGCCAUCCAACCGACCAAAGAGCAUCCUCCAGGCAUCUAGCAGGCAGAACAGUGGCACUUCCGAUGACUCCUCCUCCUGCCAUUGGCAGAAGGAUCGUCCUUGGAGCAGCGUGGACUCGAGCGGUUCUGAACGGCCUUCUAUCCCUGCUGUCACCAAGGCAAGCAGCUUUGCUGGCAGCCUCGGCCAGAAGGCACUCCUAAGGACAGACAGCAGUGCCAGCAGUCGAUCCAGCUCUAGCUUGGGAAGCAGAGGCAGCCUGGGGAAACUACAUCCAAUGGAUUCAGUUGAUCGUGGAGCAACCAGUCCGCAUGGUCAGGUCCGGGGGUUCCCCUCUGGUUUCCCCUACCAGCCUACCUUAGGUCCCAUCAGCCAGGCACCACCAGCCCCCUCUCAGCUCCCACAGCAGCCCACGUCUCCUUACUCCUCUCAACCCUCCCUCCAACAAGGCCCUCAGGUCACGUGGACCAGCUCGUUCCCCAUGACCGCUGGGGGUCAGGCCUUCCAGUCUCAGCCACAGAUACACCCUCUAGCAGCUCAGCAACAACAGCAACAGCAGCAACAACAGCAGCAGCAGCAACAGCAGCAGCAACAACAUCAACAUCAAGGACAGGCUGGCCAACCACAUACUCAUUCUGGAGUGCCGCUUAUAGUUCAGCAGGGGGCUAUGCCUCAACAUACAGGGCCGGGGAUCGGACAACCAGUGCUGUUUGCAACUUCCAAUAUUGAGAAUGUACCCCCAGGAAGCUUCAUCAUAAAUCCACAAACUGGUUCUCCAUUCCUGAAUCAAGAUGGAUCUCCCAUGGUAGUACAAGCCCCCGCCCAUACUCAGCCUCCAUCAACCAAUCAGCUGCAGGCUACUCCAUCAGGCCACGCCCUUCCUACCCAAACUGGUCCACAGCUAGCGGCCAGCCAGGGAAGUUUAGUUCAACAUAGCCAAUCUAUGGUCUCCUCAUCCACCCACCCCGCCCUAGUGGGCUACGGUCAGUCCCUAGGCGGAGCCGGCGGGGUGGGGGGUUUUGGACAGACCCCUAGCCAGGGGGUUAUUCACCCAUCAUACCAGGCACAUCAGCACCAUCAUCAGCAUCAGGCUGCAAUGGUCCCACACCAGCACUCUGGGGAGUAUACAGACAUGAGCAGUCAGAUGCAGGGUCUUACCCUGUCACGGCAGAUAUCGGGAGGUGACUCAGAUCCUGUACCUGGUGGUAGUCAGCACGUACCUCUAUCAAUCCAACAACAGCAACAGCAGCAGGGUGGGGUACCACAGUCCCCUCAGCCACAGAUGCCUCAUCCUGGACCCCACCCACAACAUCAGCAGCAACAGCAGCAGCAACAGCAGCAACCGCAACCCCCAAUCCUCCAGAUGCAGCCCCAGCAAGGCAUGAAUCAACCCUUCAUGAUCAGGCAGGUAGGAGGACCAGGGAGCGGACCUGGGAGCGGACCGGGAGGAGGAGGGGGUGGAGGAGGAGGGGGAGCAGGGGGUAUGCCUACAUCACCCCAAGGCAUGCAUCCACACUCUCAAGCAACUCAACAACCCCCUUCGCAUCACCAGGGCCCACAGCCUCAGGGGUUGGGACAACAGCAAGGCAUUCCUCAAUCACACCAACAGGUUUUAUAUAGUAGUCAACCUCAGCAACCGGCAGCAUACAGAGCAACCUCAGCUUCCCAGCUCUACAACCCCCAAGCCGUCCAAGGUAUGCCCCCGUCCCAAGCCCAUGGUCAGCAUCCAGUAUCAAGUAGUCAACCGCCCCAGCUUGUCCAGCCUACCGGAGGCAUCAUGUAUCCCUCCAACCCGCAGCAGGGUGGAGGAGCUACCACACCCCAGGGUUACUAUACAGCACAAGGCUUCCCCGCCGGCAUGGGGAUGAUGUCCCCUCAGCAACCUCCCGGCCAGCCGCAGCCAGGGCAGCCGCAGAUCAUUUACCAAUCCCCUAUGGACCAGCCCUCCAGUUCUUCCCACCAGGGUGUACCAGUACUUUAUCAGUCCCAGAUGCACCAGGGUGGGGGUGCCCCUCCUCAUUAUGGCCCUACCCUAGCCAGCCCAGGGGAUGUGCCACGGUCUACCUCACCUAGCGCCCAACCAAUCCAUGGCAUGCCCAUGACCGUUGUUGUUGGUCAGCAACAACAGCAGCAGCAUCAACAGCAACAACAACUCCUGAGUCAAGGGCCUGGUAUGCUAGGUAAUCAACGUCCCCAAUCCCCACAGAUCAUGGGCCCUGGUGUGUCCUAUCCCCAGUCUGUGCCUUCUACUGGUCCAGGUAGCACAGGUGGUGGUGGUCCAGGCCUUCUCUCACAGAUGGGAUACAACCCCUUACAGCAGAGGAGAGGGCUAAGUCUAGAACAGCAUGGUGUCAGGCCAAGGGAUUUGUUUGCACCGGGUAUGAGUGGUAUGCUACCUCAAGGAAUACAUAGUCCUGGAACAUCCCCAUCGCAGAGUCCUGGACCUCCUCUACAAAGACCUGGCAUUCAAGACAAAGGUAUGAGGCCUUCAAAAUCAUCCAAGCAAUCCAAAGCUCCAAGGAGACAACGUAAAGUGCAACCAGGAGAUAGUCUAAUGGUUUCAGAGAGUCUAGAAAUGCAUGGUCCAUUGGAGGUAUUAGAAGUAUGUCCAUUAUCAGCUGAAACCACGUGUGGUGCCCUAUUGGCAAGCCUCGAUGACCUCUCACGUAUAGGAGCCGACCUGCGCUGGCUCCCCAACGCCACCCCAGCCUCCCAGGCCCUGAUGUCCCAUCAAGUAGACUCUGCAGACAGGUGCUCAAACUACGCGGUCCUAGCUAUAUUCCCGGUCUCGGACGCCGCACAAAGCGCCCUCAGUCGACCCAUGAACCCCAUUUACGUUCUUCGGUCGCCGGAACGAGACCACUCUGUGCGGUUAUCGCUCGCCUCUUCAUCGUCGUCGUCAUCGUCACCACUGCCACCUAUAUCAUAACCACACUGUUGUCUGCAUGCCUAGGACAUUCAUAUAUACCUAGAAGUCUUUGUCGUCGGGUGAAAUUCUUGUCUAACGAAUAUGUUUCAUGUUUUUUUGUCAUUUCCUGUUCUCACUUCUAUUCACCAAAUCAAAUGUGAGUUGUUUGAGUAACGCAGCUUCCUCACUAGUGCAAGAAUGUUUUUGAUUUCACAGGCUUUUGUAAUGCUAGGAAAUUCCAUUUAAACAAAUAGUAGUAUCAAAUAAAAAUGUAAUGACUUACAUGUAAAAAUCAUAUGUUGCCUUUAACCUUAAUGAUGUGACCAUCAAUAGGUCUGUUUCCACAGCACAGGAGUGUCCCAAAAGCAAUAUUUUUCAAUCACCAAGCAACGGGGGUUUGAUUUUAUUUCAAAAGCCACUCGAUAGAGCUGUCACGAUUGUAGAUUCUAUAUCGACGACACAUGGGUGCAGCAGAUGAUGAUGAUUAUGUGUUGUAAUAAAAUGACCUGAAGAUUUGUCUGUGUCUCUCCUUCACAACGGAUGAUAAGCUAUAAUUACCAUUAUUCAGGGCCCU